CCUUUCCUAGUCCUCCUGGCCUAGCUCAGCAUCUCUAUCCAAUCCUUCCUUCCCCUUCUCUCUCCACCUCUCUCUUUCCUUCUCUCUCUCUCUCUCUCUCGAAGAUUUCUUGUCCUCGUCUGUGUGCUCCGGCUCGGCGUGGUCAAUCUCUCGGCGGACGCACCCACCCACCCGCCGAUCCGCGCGUGAUCUUCCGUGAUUUUCGCUGGAUCUUGCUUAGCCAGCCGCGGGCGUGCGCAUGUCGACGGCGCUGGCGCCGGGGAUGGCGCGCGGGCACGGGUUCCGCGGCGCGGGGAAGGGGAAGCAGCGGCCGGAUUCGGAGGAGCCGGAGACGAAUCGGGGCGGCGGACCCAACGGGUUCUACGUUGAGGAGGAGGAGGGGGAGGAGGUUGGGACGGAGGAGCUGCGAGAGCUGGAGGAGGCGCUAUCGGAUGCCUCCUCGAUCGGGGCGGCCUCCUCGGACAGCUCCUCGAUCGGGGAAGACUCCACGUCGGAGAAGGAGGAGGGAGAGGAGGAGGAGGUGGAGAGCGAGGCCAAGGCGCCCGUGGAUGAAGUGCUCGCUAUGGGGCUCGGGACCCUCGAGUCCCUCGAGGACGCGCUGCCCAGCAAGAGGGGCCUCUCGAACUUCUACGCCGGCAAGUCCAAAUCCUUCACGAGCCUGGCCGAGGCUGCAGCCAAGGCGGCGGCCAAGGAGAUCGCCAAGCCGGAGAACCCCUUCAACAAGCGCCGCCGCGUGCUGGCGGCAUGGUCGCGGCGGAGGGCCUCCUGCAGCUCGCUGGUCACCACGUACCUGCCGCCACUCCUCUCCCUCGACCACACUGUGGUGGAGGGGGACGAGGAGGAGGAGGAAGAACGCUCGGACGACGGCGACGACGAGGAUAACGGCAGCGGCAAUGGCAGGAGGGAGAAGGCCCCGGCGUCGCCCAGGUUCCCUCCGCGCAGCCUGCACAGCGCGUCCCAGAAAGCGAGCGUCAUGAGUAGGAACACAAUCAAUCCGAACACGAGCUCAUUCCGAUCUCCAAGGUCAUUCUCCCUCUCCGAUCUGCAAAACGCUGGAUACAACUAGCUGAAACGUAGGCCGAAUUUAGGUUGGCGAGAUGGUGCUGCUGCCACUGCUGCUACUGUAUAAUCAAGAGGUCUCUACACAUAAGAGAACAUUAAUUUGUUGUGUU